AGGCCCAGGGUGGGCUGGCGUCGCGGUGUCUGUGUGGCCGAGCCGCCGUGGGGGACGUAGGCGAGAGCAGAGAGUACCUUUUCCGGCUGUCUCUCCCAGCUUCCUUCAGUCCCCGCAGAGUCCCGACCCUUUAGUCUUCUGUGUGGGCCCCACCACCUUGCACACCAGCAAACACCUCUCUUUUCAAGCCGGAGGGGCUGCAGGUUAAGCCUGCGCUGGGGAUCUGUCAGCAUAUGGAAUUGGAAAAGGUUAUCUGGGAACAAAGCAGGACAAGUCUGGGCACCUGAAGGAUCUACUGCUUUCAAGUGUCUGCUCUCAGCAAGGUUAUGUGCUGCUCUCCUGAGCAACAUCUCUGACUGUGAUGAAACAUUCAACUACUGGGAACCAGUAGACACACUACCUCAUCUAUGGGAAGGGGUUUCAGACUUGGGAAUAUUCCCCAGCUUAUGCCAUUCGCUCCUAUGCUUACCUGUUGCUUCACGCCUGGCCAGCUGCAUUUCAUGCAAGAAUUUUACAAACUAAUAAGAUUCUUGUCUUUUACUUUUUACGAUGUCUGCUGGCUUUUGUGAGCUGUAUAUGUGAACUUUACUUUUACAAGGCUGUGUGCAAGAAGUUUGGGCUGCAUGUGAGUCGAAUGAUGCUAGCCUUCUUGGUUCUCAGCACUGGCAUGUUUUGCUCAUCAUCAGCAUUCCUUCCUAGCAGCUUCUGUAUGUACACUACAUUGAUAGCCAUGACUGGCUGGUAUAUGGACAAAACUUCCUUUGCUGUGCUUGGAGUAGCAGCUGGGGCUAUCUUAGGCUGGCCAUUCAGUGCAGCUCUUGGUUUACCUAUUGCCUUUGAUUUGCUGGUCAUGAAGCACAGAUGGAAGAGUUUCUUUCAUUGGUCGCUGGUUGCCCUAAUGAUCUUUCUGGUGCCUGUGGUGGUCAUUGACAGCUACUAUUACGGGAAGUUGGUGAUUGCACCACUCAACAUUGUUUUGUAUAAUGUCUUUACUCCUCAUGGACCUGAUCUUUAUGGUAUAGAGCCGUGGUAUUUCUAUUUAAUUAAUGGAUUUCUGAAUUUUAAUGUAGUCUUUGCUUUGGCUCUCUUGGUUUUACCACUGACUUCUCUUAUGGAAUACCUACUGCAGAGAUUUCAUGUUCAGAAUUUAGGCCACCCAUAUUGGCUUACCUUGGCUCCAAUGUAUAUUUGGUUUAUAAUUUUCUUCAUCCAGCCUCACAAAGAGGAGAGAUUUCUUUUCCCUGUAUAUCCACUUGUAUGUCUCUGUGGUGCUGUGGCCCUUUCUGCACUUCAGAAAUGUUACCACUUCGUGUUUCAGCGAUACCGCCUGGAGCAUUAUACUGUGACAUCGAAUUGGCUGGCGUUGGGAACACUCUUCCUGUUUGGGCUCUUAUCUUUUUCUCGCUCUGUGGCACUGUUCAGAGGGUAUCAUGGGCCCCUUGAUUUGUAUCCAGAAUUUCACCGAAUUGCCACAGACCCAACCAUCCACACUGUCCCAGAAGGCCGACCUGUUAAUGUCUGUGUAGGGAAAGAGUGGUAUCGAUUUCCCAGCAGCUUCCUUCUGCCCGAUAAUUGGCAGCUUCAGUUCAUUCCAUCAGAGUUCAGAGGCCAGUUACCAAAACCAUUCGCAGAGGGACCACUGGCCACCCGGAUUGUUCCUACUGACAUGAAUGACCAGAACCUAGAGGAGCCAUCCAGAUAUAUUGACAUCAAUAAAUGCCAUUAUUUAGUGGAUUUGGACACCGUGAGAGAAACACCCCGGGAGCCAAAAUACUCAUCCAAUAGAGAAGAAUGGAUCAACUUGGCCUACAGACCAUUCCUUGAUGCAUCUAGAUCUUCAAAGUUGUUGCGGGCAUUCUAUGUUCCCUUCCUGUCAGAUCAGUAUACAGUGUAUGCAAACUACACCAUCCUCAAACCCCGGAAAGGAAAGCAAAUCAGGAAGAAAAAUGGAGACCGGAGAAGAGUAGAACCAGCUUUCAGGAAGAACUGAAAAUCCCGGGACUGGAUGUCUGUGUUGAACUGUUCUACACACUCUGGCUUGGCAUCCAAGAACUAGCCUCCCUUGGGCCGUAUGAGCUUCUCCACCAAAGCUCUUUGGCAGCUCCUAGCAGACCUUCUCGUUCCAAUCCUAGUGCUGAAAACGAGCGCAGCCUAAUUGCCAACCUACAUGUCCUUCUCACCUCCAGCAAGACUAAGCUUUUCUAAAGCACGUCACAGGACCAGGACCCUGCCCUGGAGGUAUCUCAGGAAAAAGGCAACCAGUUGAAGAACUGUGGCUUAAUUUCGUUACAUAGGAUGCCUCUUGCUUUCAUCUUAUUUCCUUUACAACAAACUGUAACUAUAUGGGUUUGGGUUUUUGUUUGUUUGUUUUUUAAGUUUUAGCAUGCUGUUUCUUGAAUUCAAGACUUCCCUGUAUAAAGGUAUCAACAGACCAGACUAUAACUGUACAGGACAUACGUGGAGAAAAUUAACUCUAUCAGUUGGUAGAUUUGGAUGACAUCACAUUUUAAAAUAAUUUAUUCUUAGGCCAUUUCUGAGGAAAUUAAGAAUCUCCCUUUUUUAAACAACCCUAGUGCAAAAGACCAGUGUAUGUUCAUGGCACCUGUUUUUGAGUAUGUCUAUUGCAAAGCUCAUCCUGCAUGGGGCACCUCUAGUCAAAUAGGCAAUGAUAAGGACUUAAUUAAAACAUAAGUAUAUACUUUACUUUGCUUUUACACACAGUAUUUCAUAGUUUACAAAGCACUUGCACAUUAUCUCAUUUGAUCCUCACAGUCAUGACGUGAGGUAGACAAGGCAAGUGGUUUUAUCCCCAUUUUACAGAUGAAGAAACUGAGACUAUGGGGCAGGGGGCAGGGGGAGGUAAGGUGACUUGCCCAAGGCCACACAGCCAAUAAGUAGUAGUGCUAGGACCAGAACCUGGGUUGCCUAACUUCUCAUCCAGUGCUCGUCCCUACUCCUCACUUGACUAUGAAAACAUUACUUGAAAGAAUGAUGAGGUUGGCCAGAGACCUAAUUGAUAACGUAACUUUCUAUUUUAAGGAAGAAUUUUAUCUGUGUUUCUGUGAGUUCUUCGGAGCCUCCAGUCUGCCUGUUGGUUAGACCAUCAUCGCGGUACUCUGGGAUGCAGCCUGGCCUGUGGCAGGAAAGUAGUGCUCAUGUUUGGAAGUCAAGCUCCUUUGCAGCCACACAGGAUCCAAUACCAGUUCCAUUCCUAUAGUCAAUCUGGGGUCACAUUACAGUGCCUUAUUUCCCUAAGGGUGAUUGUGUCUAGUAUCUGCAAAUAGGAUGCAUUCAUUUUUCAGAGUUUCCAUCUUUCAUUUUUCAAAGAGAAGGGAUUUUCAGUAGGAACUGAUUCCAAGAGAGGAGAAGUGACAAGGGAAGAAAUGGCUAGUUACCAUAUAAAGAGUCUUCUCAUUUGGAUCCCCUCUAAAGGAAUAUCUGGGGAGGGGUUGAAGAACUGUGAGUCAGUAGGUCUAGGUAACAUAGAACAAUGAUAACUGGAGAGCGAAGAUAAACUGGGGUCCCACUCGCUGCUUUAAAGAUUUUUGUAUUUAAUUUUCAAUACUUGAUUACUGUUUCCCAAGGCAAAUAUUGGCAUAUGUGGUCUGACUAUAGGAUAGAGAAUUUUUAGUGAAAUAUCUUGCCAUACCUGCAGUAAUAGUGCACUGUCCUUCACAGUGGCUAGAGCUCUUUUUUUUUUUUUUGCCAAGGUAAAUGAGAGAGUACAGUAAUGGAGGUCCAUGGUGAGUGGCUUUUUUCUAAUCAAAGUGGUACAGUGAUGAUCCAUUUUAUCAUGUUGCAUGUUAAAAAAAAAAAGCCUUCUGAGCAAGAACUUACUGUAAUAUAGCACAAAAAAGGUCAUGAUCAAUCUAGGUAUUCCUUGGGAAUAUCGGUUGCUAUCCCUUUUAAAACCUGAUCUCGGUUUGCUCUGUUGUAUGAAUUUUAGUGAGAGCACAGUAAAUUGCAGAACACUCUGCCAAAUUCGAUAGGUAAGGGAUAUAAAAAUGAAUGUUUUUUGUCGUGAAGGUGUUUUUCACAUGAUAUAUAAACGCGUUAAAACAUCUCCACCUCAGCAAUACAGGGAGGUUAGCUUUGCCUGGGAAGAGAGUUUCAAAACACUUGGUGAGAGUAGCAUUUCUCCUCCAGAGAAUCAGUGUUCAGCAUGAGCUGACCGCUCUGCUCACUGUAAAGUAUCUCAGGUAUGUUUUUCUCCACAGAUUGUUGACUAUCAAGGAAUGAAUGAAGGUCUACAGCUUAUUGGUAACAACCUUUGAUUACGGAGCUGAGCGAGGGAGUUGGGUGUAUUGGCAAUUCCAGGGCUCUCUGAUCUCUAGAUCUUAAGCAGCCUUGUCUGAACCCCAGAUCUCACAACACUGAGUCCUAUUACUGAACCAGUCUGUGUAGUAGCAUCUGUUAUCAAAGUAUACCUGUCAACUGGUAGGUGUCAUCUGAUAAGAAAGACCACUCAUUUUAAUCUCUUGAGAUUAUAACAGAAAAGUGAAGCCCACACUCUUUAUUACUGAAUUCAAGUGUAGAAACUGAUUCUCUGUUUUAAAUCAAGGUGGUUCUUGAUCCCAACCAUUUAUUUGGGUCAUUUUUUCUAGUUUGGAGUUCUGGGAAAGAACCUUCAAAACCCCAUGUAAUUCUGCAGCAUUAGGUCCGGAUUGACCAUUUGGGCAGAGCACAAAUGGAAAUCCUUUAUUGUGUUUUGCAUUUUGUGGGAUUUAUUGAAAUAAAAAUUCACCGUGAUUGUGCUGUCUUCUGGCCAGUGUUGGGCAGCUCUGCUUUAAAUUUCGUUAAUUUUAUUUUCUCUGAAGAGCAAAAAGAGGCACAGUUUAAUCUUUGCCUCCAUAGCCAUAUUAAGCUCAUGUAUUAAUUCAUUCUUAGGCUCCUACAUUAAAUGCCUUGGGUAAACAGAUAAAUGGACAUGUGCUCAGCUGUAAUUUUUUUGCAACAGAAAGAUCUGACUUCCAUAUGGCAUUGUUGGGUUUCAGAGGCUCUCUGGUGUUUUGAUAAAUCUAAAUGAAUGUUGCCUUUAAUUUUUCCAGUAUAUAAUCUAUUUAACCGUGAGAUUCAUGCUGCAAGUGAAAUCAGGAAGCACUACAGUGUUGAAGCAAGAGUAUUGUUCAAUUCAUUUGUCUUCCUGAUCCUUGUACUUUAUUUCACAUGUCAGUGUUUACAUUACAUACUGUAUUUUCUGUGAAAGAAAAAGUUAAAUAAAUCUUGGCAGUUUGAUUUUCCUUUUA